AUUCAUUUUAGUAUAUUAUAUUGUAAUACCGCUUGAACAUUCUAACAAGGCCGCAGGGUGUCAAACAUUGUUCACAGUUGAACCCAACUUGAGAAGCUCUACACAGGAGUAUACUACUCGCUUACUCGAUAUAACUAUGUUAUCUAUUUCUCUGCCUUCCUUGAAGAGCUUCUUGCCAUGGCGCGAUCGAACCUUUAUCGAUAUCCCGACAGUCAAGAUUCAUGAGAUCGAUACAGCACAGGAGAAGCCGGCUCGGGCUCUCAAACAUUUGCUGAAGUUGAAUCAUGCCAACUAUUCCGUACUGUACAACGAACGAAAGUUCCAUAACCAUGCGCCUCAUAUUCUGAGCUCUUCUUUCCUUCAAGGAGCAGACACGGAUGAUCUAAAUCGUAUCUACGAGGCCGAGUCUAAGCUUUUGGACCCCUGGGUUGAUUCUCCAGGUGAAAUCAGUACCUAUGACUGGAGAGACUACUUGAGCCAUCGAGAAUAUCAAAGAGCGUUUGUGGACUUUUUUGAGGACGAACUCGUCCGUCACGGAUACGAUUGGAAGCAAGUCCUCGCAGAUUAUUUAUUCUCCGGAAAGGAGCCGCUAUUCAAUUCCCUUGUUGAUGACCUUGGUCACCCCUUAAUCCACCUUGCCUAUGCAUUUGAGAUGUCCAGCCGUGAAAUCGCCAUGGAAGCCCUAGCCCUUGCAGCUACGUGCUACGGGAAAAUGCAUAAGUAUAUAGACGACCCUUCUUAUUCACAGGCAGAGUCUCUCUACUCUUCUACCUCCCUACUCGAGAUUCUAAACAAGGUACGAGUCGACAAGCAGUUCAACGGCCUCUUCGGGACCCCAGGCGACAACAACAUAGAGACGAUUCUACGUCACCAUGAAGCCGCACUCCUCAAUCACUGGAAUGCGUGGAAAAUUGAAGAUCCCGUGAAACAAUUUCGCGAAAGCCAGGAGGUCGCCGUGGCUCUUCUAACCGCCACUCAAUUUGAGACAUCGGACAACUAUGACUUCUUCCUCGUCCACACGCUGACAACCAGCCAUGCCGUCCGUAUUCUCCUACCACUGAUCCCAACACGCUUCCAAUAUGCACUCGUCAGGCAGUGGUGGCUUCUCACUCUAGUUGUAUACAUUGCGCAAUUAAGGCCGGAAAUUAAGCUCGACCAGAUUAUGAACUACGAAUUGAAAGGAAGAGACUGGAAGUGGACGGCGCAGAAGGCUAUUAAGGGCGAGCAUUCGACAGAUGCACACUAUGUCAAGGCAAUUCGCGCGUGUAAGGAAGCUGCUGCGACAUGGGGAGAUCCGGAGCAGUACUACUUGAAAGCUGCUGUCAAGUUUGGUGAGGAGUUCAAUGGUUGGGGCGGAUUUGUUUGA